UAUUCACAUUUUAAAAUGCUAAAGUGGGUUCUUUUUGCGUUGGCUUUGAUAGCCUGUGCUGAAUCAGCUUCACAUCAGUUGACAAGAUGUCAAUUGGUUCGCGAAUUAAGGAAGCAUGGAUUUCCUGCAUCACAAUUGAGAAAUUGGGUGUGCCUGGUAGAAAGCGAGAGCUCCCGCUACACUGAUAUAGUAAGCAAACCAAACUCGAAUGGUUCUCGGGACUACGGUCUCUUUCAAAUCAACGACAGAUAUUGGUGCAGCAAUACUAACAAGCCGGGAAAAGACUGUAACGUUACCUGUGCAGCUCUGCUGACAAAAGACAUAACAAAGUCAGCUCAAUGCGCAAAGAAAAUCUACAGUCGUCAUAACUUUAACGCGUGGUACGGUUGGAUUAAUAAGUGUAAGAAUAAGCCUUUGCCAGAUAUCUCAAAAUGUUCGUUGGCUUUGGUAGCCUGUGUCGAAUCAGCUUCACAUCAGUUGACAAGAUGUCAACUGGUUAGCGAAUUAAGGAAGAAUAGCUUUCCAGCUGCACAAUUGAGGGAUUGGGUGUGCCUGGUAGAACACGAGAGCUCCCGCUACACUGACAUCGUAGGCAAAUUAAAUUCGGAUGGUUCUCGGGACUACGGCCUCUUUCAAAUCAAUGACAGAUAUUGGUGCAGCAAUACUACCCAACCGGGGAAGGACUGUAAUGUUACCUGUGCAGAUUUGCUGACAAAUGACAUAACAAAAUCAGCUCAGUGUGCGAAGAAAAUAUUCAGUCGUCAAAGCUUCAACGCGUGGUACGGUUGGAUCUAUAAUUGUAAGAACAAGCCUUUGCCAGACAUCUCCCAAUGUUUAAAAGUAAAUUUGUAUUUUGAAAUGGAAAAGUGGUUAUUUGUAGCGUUGGCUUUGAUAGCCUGCGUAGAAUCAGCGAAACAUCAGCUGACACGAUGUGAACUCGUCGAAGCAUUAAGGGAUCACGAGUUUCCUGAAGAAAAAAUGAGAGAUUGGGUGUGCUUGGUAGAAAAAGAGAGUUCUCGCUGCACUGAUAUGUUAGGCAAGGUAAAUAAGAAUGGUUCCCGGGACUAUGGCCUCUUCCAGAUCAACGAUAAAUAUUGGUGCAGUAAUACUACACAACCAGGAAAGGACUGUAACGUUACUUGUGCAGAGCUGCUGACAGAUGACAUAACGAAAUCUGCUACGUGUGCUAAGAAAAUCUUCAAACGUCAUAAUUUUAACGCAUGGUACGGUUGGCGCAAUCAUUGCAAGAACAAAACACUUCCAGAUAUUUCAAACUGUUAGAUAUGACAAUAUGAAAUAAUACGAUCCCUUUAUCCUUUUCCACGUUUAAUUCUCACAUAAUAUAGACUCAGACUAAUUAAGUGCAUGCUGCAAUCAAUCGCAGACAUCGUCUCCUUGUCUUUGACGAUUUGUCUUUUGAGACAGUUCAGUAAAGAAGUAAAUAUAAUAAAGAUUAUGAUGUCAUAGUCAUGUCGCUUUUGACGUGUUUCAUAAUAACAAUAGUAUAAUAUAAUAAUAAAUCAGACAGCCACACCAAAUACCUCAUCUCAAACUAGGGAAUCCCAGUCCUAAAAAUACCAGCGCAAAGGAAGUCAGUCCGGGGCACUACCCAGAACGCACAGACCAAUUUAAAAAAAUGUCAUUUCCCCAAAUUGGUCUUACCGGGAAUCGAACCCGGGACCUCCUCAUCCAGCGCUCAUUAAGCAAACCGUUAGGCUACCGAUGUCAUCGAGUUUAAAUACGAGAGUAAAUAGUUACGAU